AUAUGGACAGCUGAACUUUUUAUUACGUUUUAGGUAUCCGCCAUUUUGAUUUCCAAAUCUGACAGAUUUUCUGUUGACUGCCUGCUGAAGUGUAAUUUGGACAGUGUCAACACACCAUACUGUAGUUCAACACAGCCGCUCGGCAGGCAUCCACCGUGCGACGGCAGUGUGUAAAUGAGAUUGCAACCGGGGAAGGGUAGCAUCUUCCAGCUAACAACGCACUUCAUGAAUAGCCAGCUAUGGGCCUCCGGAUGACCUGACAGCCAAAGUCGCCGAGUUGCCGUACAGCUUGUAGAUGACGACCGAUAGAAAUGAUGGAUAAAAGAUUGAAGCCAAUCUCUCCUGGGGUUGUGUGUCUGUUGUUAGUAUGAAUGAAGUGGGUGUGUUUGUGUUUUCAUUGUGUGAAUUUGCCGAUGCUGAUUGAUGUCCAGGGCAUGCAAUGUCAGUAAGACAAAUGGCUGUCUAGCAAAGUCUGACUGAGGAUCCUACUCCUUGUCCAAAUCUAAGUGUAAGUGUCUGUGACGUCAGCCAUGUUUUGGAAGUUUGACUUACACACAUCUUCUCACCUGGAGGCUUUACUGGACAAGGAGGAUGUCACGCUCAUUGAGCUCAUGAAUGAGGAAGAUGUCUUGCAGGAGUGCAAGGCCCAGAACAGGAGACUUCUCCUGUUCCUGUGCCAGAACCAGUGCAUGCAGGACCUGGUCCGUAUGAUUACUACAGAGCCCCCUGCUGGUGUAGAGGAGACAAAGCGCUUCAAGUAUCCAAAUAUAGCAUGUGAGCUGUUGACAUGUGAUGUGGGAGUGAUCAAUGAUAAGCUGGGUAAUGAGGAGCCUCUGCUGGAAACUCUGUAUGCCUUCCUGGAGCAGCCAUCCCCACUUAACCCCCUCCUGGCAUCUUUCUUUAGCAAAACAAUUGGGAACCUCAUCACACGGAAGACUGAGCAGGUGAUUAGUUUUCUGCGACAGAAGGAUGGCUUCCUUUCCUUGGUCCUGAAGCAUAUUGAUACAUCAGCCAUGAUGGAUGUGCUCCUAAGACUUAUCAGCUGUGUGGAGCCACCCCCUCUUCGGCUUGAGACACUUAUUUGGCUGAAUGAAGAGAAGCUGGCCCAGAGACUCGUAGAGCUCAUUCACCCUGAGAGAGAUGAAGAGAGGCAGUCCAAUGCAUCUCAGACAUUGUGUGACAUCAUUCGUCUAAGCCGAGACCAGGCCAAUCAGCUCCAAGAGAUUUCACAGCCUGACCCUUUGCUGACUGUGCUGGAGUCGCAAGAGUGUGUGGAGCAGUUGCUGCAGAAUAUGUUCUCAGCAGAUAGCACUGAGAGCUGUAUCAUCAAUGGAAUUCAGGUUCUUCUCACAUUACUGGAAAUCAGGAGGCCUGUGGUGGAUGGUGUUAUGGAUGCUCAGGGAUUUGAGAAAAGUUACACUGUUAACAGCAGCAUUUUGUUGGCCAUCCAACCACACCUGAUACACUUCCACCAGCUACUUCUGAAGCCACCCAAGCGAAAUCCCAUGCUGACUACUCUCGGUGUGCUGGAGGAACCAUUAGGGAACACGCGUCUGCACGUAGCCAGACUGGUGGCCUCUCUGCUGUAUACCAGCUCUGCUAGCCACGCGGUCGUAGCACAGGAACUCUGCCGACUCAAUACAAUGGACCUGCUACUGGACUUGUUCUUCAAGUAUACAUGGAACAACUUUCUGCACCUCCAAGUGGAGCUCUGUGUUGCUGCCAUCCUCCGGCCCUGUGCACAUGAAAUGAGACUUCAGCCUGGCUUGGGAUCGCAGGAAAAUGUCAAGCCUCAUCAUGAUGCUUCACAAGAGCAGGCUUUGACUGAUACCCCUUCUGAACCUUCAGCCACCCCUGAAAACUCUGCACACAAUCUAAUGGUGACUCAUUUGUUCCAGCACUGCCACCUUGUCCAGAGGAUUCUGGAGGCUUGGGAAGAGAAUGAUAAAAUACAGUCAGAAGGUGGUAUGAGAAGAGGGUACAUGGGACAUCUGACUAGGAUUGCCAACACAGUAGUCCACAACCUGGAGAAGGGCCCGGUUCACACACAGAUUAGUAGCCUCAUCACAGGGCUGCCAGAGGACUACAGAGGGCGCUGGGAAACCUUUGUAGACCAGACCCUGUCAGAGACUAAUAGGAAGAACACCAUAGACCUGAUUGGCACUGGAAAUCCACGCCCUUCCUCAGAGGAUGAUAUGGAGAGCCCCUUCCCUAAAGAACUGACACUACAGCAGGCCUUUUCAGACUACCAGAUCCAGCAGAUGACGGCUAACUUUGUGGAUCAGUUUGGCUUUAACGAUGAGGAGUUUACUGAUCAUGAUGACAGCAUUGGGGCAACGUUUGACCGAAUUGCAGAGAUCAAUAUCAAUAUUGAUGCAGGCCAGGACACUGCUAAUACAGCUGUGUUUGAGGCCUGUUCCAAGGAGAGGAUUCAUCCCUUUGAUGAUGAUGAAGAGGACAUUUGGGAGGAGAAAGAGAUCAACUUUGCCACACAAACCAAGUCCCGUAACAGGUUUGGUGGGUCACGAUCAUCCCAGAGCCCCGCACCCAGUAAAGAUUGUGAUAGGACAGCAGCUUCUGGCACUGAGGCAUCUGACAGAGCAGCAGACUCAGACUCCGAGGAAGGAGAGGAUCCUAAAGAUGACCUGGAUCCUUUCUCAAACCAGGGCCAGACCGAGGCAACAAAGAGCACUGGCUGGAUAGCAGACUUCGGGGAGGUGAACUCAAAGGCUCCUGCACCAGGAGUGGGCUUUUCUGCCUGGGACACUCCAGCCUCCCAACCAGCUGCCACAGAGGCAGAGGAGAAAGGGUGGGCCAAGUUCACUGACUUCCAGCCUUUCUGUUGCUCUGAAACAGGCCCCAGAUGCAGCUCACCUGUGGACUCGGAGCUCAGCGGAUCUGGCAAUACCAAAUCAAACCAGAACCCAUGUGUGUGGAGUGUGUGUGUGGCGAGAAAAGCUCCACUGGUGGCAUCAGACAGCUCUUCCUCCAGCAGCUCAGAGAGCGAUGAGGAAGAAGGAAAGAAAAAGUCUGCAACAGGCGAGACGGUCACCAAAGAGACCAUCACCACGGGGGCUGGCAAGGAGACAAUUCGGCUCACAGUGGACGCAAAAAAUGAAAGAGCAGUCUUCAGCAGAGUGUUCAGACCAGCAGUCAGACGCGAAGCAGAUAAGGUACCGAUAGAGGGACUCUCCAUCAAGGACAAGAAGAAAGGAAAUGAGAAAGAAAGCGAAAAGGAAAAGAAACAUGAAGACUGUCCCAACCCAACUACCACCAGUCCAACUAAGCAGUCGGCUGUUGUCACACAAGAGACGCAGCCCUCUGUUAAUGGACCAGCUUAACGAUGCAGCACAGGCACACACACACACACACACACUCUCUACAUACCUGUCCAUUCAACACACAGCAAUGCCACCUUUGCUUCCUGUUAGCAGCCCUCCAAUGCCCUUUUUUUGUGUCCAAAGAAUGGAAGAUGCUCAGUGUUGAGGUCAAACAGCCCUUAAGAGUAUGAAUGCUGGAUAACAUAACUACACAUAGGUACAUUGAUCUCUCCUGCACCUUCAUGACAUAAUUACAAGUGAACCGCUUCAAAGAGGAAUGUGUGUUUUAAAGAACAUGUCAUCGUACCAGACCCCAAAGCCAAAUUCUGUAUGAUUUUCCCAUUGGACUUAGGAGAGUGACUUUCUAUUAGAGCUUUUGACUGUUUACACUUUAGUAAAUAAGACUGUAUUCAAAUAAUCAGCCAAGAUUACAAAAGCCAAGAUGCUUGCAAAGCUAGCCACCAUUUUCUCUUCAGCAUUUCAAUGUACAUGCUAGACAGACAUUUCAUUAGUGCAAAUGUGUGAGUGAUUAAAAAUGUGGCUUUUUUUUCUUUUCUUCAUACAUGCUACUGGAAUAAUUUCUCAGUCCAAGUAAGAUUUCUUUGCUUUGAUCAUGUAGAACAUAAAUGCUCUGUUUUUGUUAAUUUGGAGCAUCAGAUUUUAGAGCAUUAUGAGUCACUUCCUCCUCAAACCUCUGAUUCCGGUAGUUUAGAGGUGUGUGUGCUGUUGUAUCCAUGUGUGUAGACGUGUGUGUGUGUGUGUGUGUGUGUGUGUGUGUUUAAGCUCUGUCUGAGGUACAGCGUGCAUCUUCAGGUCAAAGGAGAGGUAUGCAGAUACAAAGAAAGCACACCUGUCACACACACACACACACACACACACACACACACUUACACGCACACAGUGCUAUACACACAUGCAAAAAAAAAACACUGAUGUGCACAUACUAAUUCAUAUCACCCUCAGAGCUGUUUAAUGUAAUAUUUGUGAAAUUUAAACCUGUAUUAGGUUGUGGCUAUUCUUGGUAAUAUGUAAACGUAAUAUAAAUGUAAACAGUAUAUAUAAACAUUAUAUCUAUUUUUGGAAUAAAUCCAAUGUAUGGAAA